GCCCUUGGCCCUUGCUUAAGAGGUUUUCAGAUGGCUGCUGAAAAGCUCCACUGCUGACUAUUAAAUAAAAGUUAGGCCUUAACCUCCAUUCCUCUCCUGCCUGCUGGCUCCUGCUUGUCUGAGGGGAAAGGGUCGCAAUCCAUGGACGGCGCCGCCAACUCGCGCCCCACGCAGGGUGCCGAUCCUGCGGCCGUCGCUGCCGCCGGUGGCGUCGACCCUAACGCCGCCGCCCCCGCCGGAGGCGACUGGCGCACCCAGCUCCAGCCCGAGGCCCGCAGCAGGAUCGUCAAUAAGAUAAUGGAGACUCUAAAGAAGCAUCUGCCAGUAUCAGUGCCUGAGGGGCUGAGUGAGCUUCAAAAAAUUGCUGUGCGGUUUGAAGAGAAAAUUUAUACUGCAGCCACCAACCAGUCUGAUUAUUUGCGGAAGAUUUCUCUGAAAAUGCUGUCUAUGGAGAGUCAGACAAAGACACAACAGAACCCUGGAAAUGCUCAAGUGAUUCCAAAUCAAAACCCCCCCGGUCCAGCACCUGGCCUUCCUCCACAAGGCAGUAAUCCAGCACAAUCAUCAGCUAUCCCGUUGAUGUCUCAGCAACAGACACGGCAGCCAAAUGCUUCUGCAUCUGUUCAAGGUUCUCUCCCUAGUAUUGGUCAGAGCUUGCCAGGUGUCAGCCAGACAUCCACGCUGCAGAACAUGUCUGGCAUGCCGCAAAACACCAUGAACAGUGGUUUGGCACAAGGUGCUCCACAAGAUAUGUAUGCUGCACAAAGACAAAUGGCAGGUAGGCAGCAGCAGCAGCAGCAGCAGCAGCAACAAGCACAGAAUCAGUUAAUUUAUCAGCAGCAGAAAAUUUUGAUGAACCAGAAAUUGCAGCAGAACUCACUUAUGCAACCACACAUUCAGCAGCAGCAAUCUUUAUUGCAGUCAACACAGAUGCAAUCUUCACAGCAGCCCAUGAUGCAAAUGUCACCUGGCCUUCAGCCUGCGCAGUCCAUCAUUUCACAAACGCAACCCAUGGCCAUGCAGUCAGCUACUCAGAGUGGCAUUCAACAGAAUCCUUUGAACUCAGUACAAUCUGUGCAAUCAUUACUCCAGCAGCCUACGCAAUCUGUAAUGAGGCAGCAGCAACAUCCACAGUCCAUGCACCAGCAGCCUUCUUUGCAGCAAACUCAGCAAAUUCAACAGCCCAACAUCCCUUUGCAACAACAGCAACCACAAUUAAUGGGCCAACAGUCGAAUUUACAACAAAAUCAGUUAAUGAGUCAGCAGAAUGGUGCUGGGCUUCCAGUUCAGUCAAAUAAUCUUUUGAAUAUGCAGCAGACGCAACAGAUGUUGAACCAGCAAUCUAUGCCCUUGCACCAGUCACAACAAUUAGCCCCCCAGGGAAAUAUGUCAAGUUUGCAUCAGCAGCAGCAACAGCAGCAGCAAAAUCAGCAGCAGCAGCAGCAGCAGCAGCAGCAGCUUCUUGGAACGACGCCUAAUGUUGCAAACAGUCAACGAAUGCAUAUGUUACAGCCAGCAAAGGCAAUGCAGCAACCACAGCAGCAACAGCAUGCUCAGCAGCCAUCGAUGGGUAUGAUGCAACCUCAGUCUCAGCAGAACCAGCUUCAGCAAUCUCAACAACAUAUGAUGUCACAGUUCCAGUCUCAGUCUAAUCAACUGCAACAACAAUUGGGAAUGCAACAGAGGCUUCAAACUUCAGCUGGCAUGCUCUUACAGCAAAAUAACAUUGAUCAAAAGCAAUAUAUUCAGGCUCAGAGGGGCCUUCAAGAAGUUUCAUCCAGUACAUCUGUGGAUUCCACUGCUCAAACUGGUCAUACAGGGGCAGGUGAUUUGCAAGAGGAGUUAUAUCAAAUGAUUAAGAGCUUAAAAGACCAGUACUUUGCAGAACUCAAUGAUUUGUACAAUAAAAUAUCUAUGAAGAUACAACAUGUUGACAACCACAUGCCAGCUCAAAAGUCAUCAGACCAGUAUGAAAAGAUGAAGAACUUUAAAGCAUUGUUGGAGCGCACAUUGCAUUUCCUGCAAGUUAACAAGAGCAGCAUUCAGCCUGGUUUUAGAGAAAAAAUCCCUAUAUACGAGAGGCAAAUUGUCAAUAUCCUAAAUUCUCAAAGAAGGAAGCCUGUGCCAGCACCAGGACAGCAACAGUUUCAGCAACCUGGUGGGCAAGCUUCUGGCUCUAACAUUUCACAGCAACACCAGAAUUCCCAAGGUUUGCAGCAGCAUGAUAGUCAUACUAAUCAGAUGCCUCAAGCGAGUUUGCCAAGUAUGAGCACAGGAGUGCAGUCCUCUGGUGCACCUGGCAUCCAGCAUGUACCUGCGCCUCAAGCAACAAACUUUGGUGUUUCAACAACACAGCAAAAUGUCACAAAUGCACCGCAGGCGGGCUCUAAUUUGGAGGGUGCCCAAGGAAAUAAUUUUAAUCCUGUGCAGCAUGGUUCAAUGGGUGCUGCAUUGCAACAGGGAAGCACUGGUCCCAUGCAGGGUGCAAUGAAUGCACAGCAGCAGUCCAGUAGUAACCUGUUAUCCAACAAUGCGAUGAGUACAAUGCAACCUAAUACCAAUUCCAUGCAAGCAAAUGCAAGCUCAUUGCAGCAGCUAAAGCAGCAACAUCAGGAGCAUCAGAUUAUGCAAAGUCAGCAAAUGAAGCGUCAGCAGAUGCUUCAUCAACAGAUACAUCAAAAGCAAUUGCAUCAAUCGCAGCUCCCAAUACAGCAACAAUUACAGAAACAACAGCAGCAAGGGCAGAUGCAGGUUCCACAGCUUCAUUCUGGAAAUGACAUGAACGAGCUAAAGGUCAGGCAAGGAGCUGCAAUGAAAUCUGGAAUGUACCAACAGCUGGGCCAACGCAACUAUUAUCAGCAGAUGAAACAGGGUAGUGCCUUUCCAAUUUCUUCUCCACAAAACCUCCAAGCAUCAUCCCCACAAAUUUCGCACCACUCUCCUCAGGUUGAUCAGCACAAUCUGUUGCAGUCUCAAAUCAAGACCGGAACACCAUUGCAUUCAGCUAACUCACCAUUUGUUCCAUCUCCAUCCCCACCUGUUGCCCCAUCUCCUAUACCAGUGGAUUCAGAUAAACCACUCUCCAACUUAUCAUCACUUACUAGUACUGGGCAGGCUGGACAUCAGCAAACUUCCCUUGCACAUCAAUCGCAAUCAAUAGCCGUUAACACACCAGGCAUUUCUGCGUCACCCUUGCUAGCAGAAUUCACAAGUGCUGAUGGAAGUCAGGCUAACGUACCUACUCAAGUUCCAACCAAAUCAAAUGCAGCAGAGAGGCCUCUCGACCGCUUGCUUAAAGCAUUGCGAACAACACAGCGUCAGUCCCUUACUGCUGCUGUUAGCGAUAUAGGAUCUGUCGUGAGUAUGAUUGACAGGAUUGCUGGAUCAGCACCUGGUAACGGUUCUAGAGCUGCUGUGGGUGAGGAUCUUGUCGCUAUGACAAAAUGCCGCUUGCAAGCCAGGAACUUCAUAACACAUGAUGGGAGUGGUACAUCAAAGAAAAUGAAGCGGGACACGAGUGCCAUGCCUCUUAAUGUGUCAUCGCCUGGAAGCGUCAAUGAUAGCUUGAAGCAAUCAUAUAGCAUGGACACUCCUGAGCUACAAUCAACUGCAACCUCACGCGUUAAGUGGCAAAAGGCUGAGGUAAACCAUGCUCUAAUGGAGGAGAUUCAGGAGAUAAACCAACAGCUCAUAGAUACAGAGCUCCAUGUCUCCGAAGAUGAUGCUGAGUCAUUCGCAGCUACAUCUGAGGGGGCCGAAGGGAUGGUCAUUAGAUGCACAUUUACUGCUGUCGCUGUUAGCCCCAGUUUGAAAUCCAUGUUUGCUUCGGCUCAGAUGAGCCCGAUUCUGCCGUUGAGGUUGCUUGUUCCUGCUAGCUACCCCAAAUGCUCCCCGGUGCUCCUAGACAAGUUUCCGGAUGAACAAAGCAGGAACUCGGAUGACCUGUCUACAAAGGCCAAGUCAAAGUUCGGCAUAUUGCUCCGUGGUCUAGCGGAGCCCAUGUCACUGCGAGAAAUCGCAAGGACAUGGGAUGCCUGCGCCCGCAAAGUGAUCGCAGAGUAUGCCCAGCAAACUGGUGGAGGCAGUUUCAGCUCGAGCUAUGGUUGCUGGGAAAGCUGCGUAGGCGCUUGAUGACUCUGGCGGACAUUGGCGAUGGAGUGCAUUUUAUUAUUAAUAUUAUCAUCGUUAUUACCAUAAGUAUUUAUACUAUGUGUGGCGAGAGAGAGAGAGAGAGAGAGAGAGAGAGAGAGAGAGAGAAGGGUUGUCUGUCUGUCUGUCUGUUGUAUACCUCCUCCUGAUGCUUGUGUGGUAUUGUCAAUCACAGUGUUAGCUUGAUAAACCUAACUAAAUUAUGGUUGUGUACAGGAAGCAGUGUACAGAACGACGCUUUUGCCUGGUCAGGGUUGCCUUAUGGCAGUGUGGUGGGCAUAUA